AUAUUUAUAUAUACGUACAGCAACCCCGACUCUCUUCUUCUCCUCUCUCUCUUUGAAAGAUUUGAAAGUUUGUAACUUCUGUGUCUGCAUUUAACAUGGCCAGCAGCUGCUGCAACCGUCCACAUAAAAUUCAUAAACAGUUUUGGACAAAUGUGCACAGUUAUUAACACACUUUCGUCUUCCACCCCAUAAUUAUUUCUACAAACUGAUCAUAUUCAAGAUCACAGAGAAUAUCCCUCAGAAUAUUCUUUUUGUCGAUCAUCUUCCUCAGCCAAUCAGUCCCAACCCUAAAUUUGCAUGGCACACUCCGUUAUGUGAAGUUCUUCAAUGUCCAUCAAUCUUUUUCCCUUCAAAAUUAAAGCACUUGUGCAUAUAUACAUAUAUACAGAUGGAUAGAUAUAUGGGUAAUGGGCAGUGAGAGGUAUUUGCCUUUCAAUCAUCAGGUCUAGUACCUUUCAGCAAUAUUUUCUACUUGUAAGCUUUCCUUUUUUUCAUCUCCUUCCUCCUCGAUUCUUUUUGCAGAUUCCCCCUUUUUUUUCUCUUUUUUAUUCUUUGACCACCCACUAGCCUAGCUUAAAUGUACAUAUAUGUGCAGGUAGUGAGUGCUUAGAGAUAGGUGAGUGAUUAAUUAGAGAUAAUUAAACAUCAUGAGUGUCUUGUCAUCAGCAGUAAUUACAAAGAGUUGUGGGGGCUGGUAGUAGUAAUUUGUUUUAUAGCGGUCCUUUGGAGAAAGUUGAUUGAUGGGAGAAGUCUCCCAUGAUAAAAGAGAGGAUUGCUGCUCUCCCACAAGGAUUAACAUCCAGGAGCAGCAGUCCACCACGGACAUGCAGCAGCAGCAGCACCAUCACUGCAUGGAAAUCCCAAUGGGGAUGGAGUUGCACAAAGUAGUUGCCCCGCCUUACAGAAGCACUUUUCGUAAGCUGCUGGCCAAGCUCAAAGAAACAUUCUUUCCAGAUGACCCUCUUUACCAAUUCAAAGGUCAGCCACCAAAGAAAAAAUGGAUUCUUGGAGCUCAGUAUGUCUUUCCAAUCCUUGAGUGGGGCCCCAAUUACAGCUUCAAGCUCCUCAAAUCAGACAUCAUUUCUGGUGUCACCAUCGCCAGUUUAGCCAUCCCUCAGGGAAUCAGUUAUGCUAAGCUUGCGAAUCUACCUCCGAUUGUGGGUCUCUAUUCCAGCUUCGUUCCUCCUUUGCUGUAUGCUGUCCUUGGAAGCUCAAAGGAUCUUGCAGUAGGACCUGUUUCCAUUGCUUCCCUAAUCAUGGGAUCGAUGCUCAUGCAAGAAGUAUCUCCCACCAAAGAACCCUACUUGUUCCUCCAACUUGCCUUCACUUCAACCUUCUUUAGUGGCAUCCUCCAAGCUUCCCUAGGUUUAUUAAGGCUUGGAUUUAUAAUCGAUUUUCUUUCAAAGGCUACUCUACUUGGUUUCAUGGCCGGAGCUGCUGUGAUAGUCUCUCUGCAACAGCUUAAGAGUCUCCUUGGAAUCACACAUUUCACCAAGAAAAUGGCAAUCAUCCCUGUUCUUAGCUCUGUUUUUCAUGAAAGAAAGGAGUGGUCAUGGCAAACCAUUUUAAUGGGCGUUUGCUUCCUUGUGCUGCUCCUAAUCGCAAGACACGUUAGCAUAAAGAAGCCAAAGCUGUUCUGGGUCUCAGCUGGAGCCCCUCUGGUGUCUGUGAUCAUUUCCACUGUGAUUGUCUUUGCAUUCAAAGCCGAUCGCCAUGGCAUCAGUGUGAUUGGAGAAUUAGAGAAAGGACUAAACCCACCAUCAUGGAACAUGUUGGUUUUCCAUGGAUCCCACCUUGCACUUGCAAUCAAGACUGGGAUUAUCACUGGCAUUAUUGCCCUUACUGAAGGUAUUGCAGUAGGAAGAACUUUUGCUAAUAUAAGAGAAUACAGAGUGGAUGGAAACAAGGAGAUGAUAGCAAUUGGAAUCAUGAACGUUGUUGGCUCCACCACUUCCUGCUAUAUUACAACAGGAUCAUUCUCAAGGUCAGCGGUGAAUCACAAUGCUGGAGCAAAGACAGCAAUGUCGAACAUAGUAAUGUCGCUGACAGUUAUGGUGACACUGCUGUUUCUGAUGCCUCUGUUCCAUUACACUCCCAAUGUAAUUCUGGGUGCAAUUAUCGUGACUGCUGUGGUCGGCCUCAUUGAUGUCCCAGCUGCUUACCACAUAUGGAAGAUCGACAAAUAUGACUUCCUAGUCUUGAUCUGUGCCUUCUUGGGAGUCAUCUUUCUCUCUGUCCAACAAGGCCUCGCCAUAGCGGUUGGGAUAUCGGUUUUCAAGGUUUUGCUGCAAGUGACGAGGCCGAGGACGGUGGUGUUGGGAAACAUACCGGGAACGGACGUAUUCAGAGACCUGCACCAGUACAACGAAUCGGCAGUGAGUGUGCCUGGUUUCCUAAUCAUACUCAUCGAAGCUGCCAUCAACUUUGCCAACACCACUUAUCUCAAUGAACGGAUUUUGAGAUGGAUAGAAGAAGAAGGUGACGGGAACAAGGUUUCAAACAUUAGAUUUGUUGUUGUAGAUAUGUCAGCUGUGAGCACAAUCGACACAACUGGGAUCACACUUUUCGAAGAUAUAAGGAAAUCAAUCCGAAAGAAGGGGAUUAAGCUGGUGCUGGUAAAUCCACUGGCGGAGGUGAUGGACAAAAUGCAGAAGGUGAAUAACGGAGACGAAGAAUUCAUGCUUUACUUGUCCGUCGGAGAGGCAGUGGCUUCUCUGUCGAUGGGAAUGAAGAAUUCAAACAUGUACAAUGAAGAAAUGCAGGCCCAUGAUGUUCCCUAAUUAUCUUUUAAUUAUACUCCUAAAUUCAGACAGCAUGAUCCAAAAUAACGAGAAGUUUUCAGAUAUAUAAAAUGAACCAGCAUUACACGUUCCA